AUGUCAGACCCCAAGCCAUUGUUCGUCGUUCUUGGUGUUGGAAAUGGUCAAGGAACCGGUGGGGCUACAGCCCGUCUCUUCGCAAAACAAGGUUACCGUGUAGCGCUCAUGGGCCGCGACCCGGAACGCCUCCAGAAGUUUGCCAACGAGCUCAAUGCGAGCGGCGGAGAGGCGGCCGCGUUCCCUGCCGCGUCUUACGGCUUCGAGGACGUCCUCGCGGCCUUCGCCCUCAUCCUCACAUACGCCUGGCCGUCGGGCGGACCGUCGGAGCUGCGCGUCGCGCUGCACAACGCCGGGUACGCCGGACCGCGCAAAGGCCUCAUGGACGUCACCGCUGCGCAGCUGCACGACCUGGCGGAGGUGAACGUGCACGCCGCGUUCGCGUUCGCCCGUGCGUCGAUCGAGGCGUUCCGCACGAACGCGCUCGAUGCGCGCGGCAAGCGCGGCACGCUGCUCUUCACGGGCGCGACGGGCAGCCUGCGCGGGAACACGACGACGGCGGCGUUCAGCGCGGGCAAGUUCGCGCUGCGGAGCUUGAGCCAGAGCCUGAACAAGGAGUUCGGGAAGGAGAACAUUCAUGUUGCGCAUGUUGUCUGCGACGGUCCGAUCAUGACCGACCUCCAGCUGGAGCGCUUGCCCAAGGAGUUCACCAAGGACUGGGGAACCAACGCUGACAUACGCUUGAGCGCAGCUAGCAUUGCUGAUGCCUAUUGGUACUUGACCAACCAGGAUCGCUCAGCCUGGACAUGGGAGCUCGAUGUUCGCUCGGCUCAUGAGAAGUGGUAG